AUGUCGAACCCGCGUUGCUUCUUCGACAUCUCGCUCGAGGGCGAAUUGCUCGGCCGAGUCAUCUUUGAGCUCUUUGCCGAUGCCGUGCCCAAGACCGCUGAGAAGUACGUUCCUUCUGUGGUGCUCACCUGUACUGCCAUCGAGGAAGAUGGGAGCUGAUGAUCAAUCUCGUCUCUCUUGAUCCCUGCCUGUGUUGCAUAUGCUUGCGAUGGUGCCAUGCCGUCCCUCGUGCUCGACAAUUCAACUCGUCCAGUUUCCGAGCCUUGUGUACCGGUUCAGCAGGCGUGAACGAAAUGGGCGUCCCCUUGUACUACAAAGGCACUCCCUUUCAUCGGAUAAUAGCAGGGCAAGCCUACGACUGCAUUGCUGUGCCUCAGCCUCAGAUACCCUGGCGAUGCUCACUGAUCCCGACCUCGUCACUUCUCCAGCUUCAUGGUCCAAGGUGGUGAUUUCACAUUGAGGAAUGGAAAGGGAGGUCAAUCCAUCUAUGGCGCUACGUUCGAGGAUGAGGAUCUGAGGAGGGAGAUCGAUUCCGAAGGGUAAGUCGACCCCAUUUGGAUGAGGCUCCGUGCUAAAGCUGAAUCGGUGACGGUGCACAGUUUGUUGGUCAUGGCCAAUCGAGGCAAAAAUACCAACGGGUCGCAAUUCUUUGUCUCGCUUCGGCCGUGUCCCCAUCUCUUGGGCAAACACGUCGUCUUUGGUCGAGUCGUAAAAGGUAGGUUUGCCCUUGGAACAUAGACCGAAGUGGGUCGUGGCUGAUUCGCUCUCGACCGCUGCUCAAACCAGGCUACGAAGUGAUUGAAGCCAUUUCAAAGCUUCCUGUCAACGAGAAGGAUCACCCUUUGCAAUUGGUGACGAUCUCGCAUUGUGGUCAACUCGAACGAAAAGGUAAGGCUCAUCAGAAAUCCCCAUCUCGGCACGCCACCGCCUUUUUCGCUAGCUCACCCUUAUUCCCUCCGCAGCUCCGGUCGAAAAAGCGCGAACCCCAACACCUUCCCCUUCCCCCAUUUCCGAUCGUUCAAGAUCAUCACGCUCACGUUCCCGCUCCGCCUCUCGCCCGCGUUCAGCUUCCCCCGAACCCAAGAAGAGAAACCGGUCCCCAUCUCGCUCCCGUUCGCGUUCGCGCUCGCGUUCCCACUCGCGCACCCCUUCUCGAUCCCGUUCUCCCUCUCCCAGACGAAGACACUCCAAACGUUCCUCCCGCCACCAUCGUUCUUCCAAAGCUGGUCGUAAUUCGCACAAACGUCGAGCCCGAUCACCUUCCUCUUCUCCCGAAUUAAGUCCCGAACAAAUCGAGGCUCUGAAAGCGCAGGCUUUGAAAGAGGAAGAAGAUGAGAGGAUGAAGAAGGAAGCCCGGUUGAGGGAAUUGAAGGAGUUGAAGAUGAGGGUUGAGAGAGAGGGGCAGAGGGGACAGACGAGGAGAGGGGAUGGGAGAGGGAUGGGGGAUUGGAGGGAUGAAUCUGUAGGGAAUGGGGAGGGGAGCCGUCAUGGGGGAGUGCUUUAUAAAGGGAGGGGUAAGAUGUCGGCGCCUAGUGAGGGUUCGAGGAGGAGUACGGGCAUGUUGGGCUGGGAUGAUUAG